AUGUCAGAGAAAGGGAAAAGACCUCGUGGCCGUGGCCAGGGCCAAGGCCAAAGUCGUGAUGUGCAGGUUUCUAAAGCUUUGAGCCUCUUGCUCCGCCAUGCCGCCGAGAAGGAAGGCUUGAAGAUGAAUGAACAAGGCUACGCCAGCGUAACAGACGUGGUAUGCCUACAACCCUGCGAAUCAUCACAGUGGAACAUACUCACCAUCAGCCAGCUACAAUGGAGGAAACUCAAAUCCCUCAAAGUUACCUUCCCCGAGAUCUUACAUGCCGUCGACUCAUCCGACAAAAAGCGGUUCGCACUCCUCCACAUCCCAUCUGCGCAGCCCACCGAAUCUACCACCCAAGCAACAACGGUGCCAGUGACAGGACCAGAUGCCGAACAUGAGGCUGUCGCCACUGCAAGCGGCGACCAGCCCUCGACCAUGGUCCUGGAGUCUGCGCCUGCCACGAGCGAUGAUCAGCAAACCGCUACAGACAAAGCUUUGACUAUAGCAGUGAAUGACAACGACCCGUCGCACUUCUUAAUUCGCGCAACGCAAGGCCACAGCAUCAAGACCGUCGAGGCUGCAUCCUUCCUCGAACCACUCUCCUUGGACGAUGAAUCGAAACUACCCGAUACUGUCGUCCACGGCACAUUCUGGUCGACCUGGCCCGUAAUUCUUCAAUCCGGCGGUCUACGCUGCAUGGGCCGGAAUCACAUUCAUUUCGCGACUGGCCCAUCGUUGGAAGUCGUCUUGGCCCAGGACAAGGAUGCACUGCCGGCCCAGCCAGCAAGCGGCGAGGCGCAAGUCAUCUCUGGCAUGCGACGCGACGCGCAAGUCUUGAUCUAUGUCGACAUCCGGAAGGCACUAGCUGCCGGUAUUCCUUUCUGGCGAAGUGAGAAUGGUGUUAUUCUCAGUGAGGGGAUCCCUGUACCGAAGGAGGAUGAGAAAGGUGAAGUAGCCAAGUUCGUUUCGCUUGGCUUCUUUGAUGUUGUUGUGGAGCGUAAGGCCGGUUUGGGUAAGCUUUGGGAACGCGGGCAGGUCCUGCAGGAGCUUCCGGGGCAUCUUGCUAAUAAGGGCAAUCCGAAGGGAAACUUGAAGGGUCGACGAUGA